CAUCAACUCAACCCAAAAUAAAAAUCUAAACUUUUUUUUAUCAUUUCUCCACCAGAGCAGAGCAGCAGCCAUAAAGAGAGAGACUUUUGAAAUCGUUCAUCCAUCACCAAGAGAACCAGAAUCAAACCUUAACCCAGUAAGUAGAGAUGGAAGGAACCCAAAAGGUGUCUCUUUACGAACAAUGCAGAGAAGAUAGGAUCAAAGAGAAUCUUCAGAGGAUGCAAAAUCUUGGCAUCUUGAAUCUCUCUCGCAAACUCAGAUCCGAGAACCGACCCGUCAAUAGAAGAUCUCAAGGUAACCCUAAUGCUGCUCAGAGAUCGACUCCUCCUCUUCAGCCUUCUCGCAGAUCCUCUCGAUUGGAGAACACAACUCCAGUUAUCUACACUGAUGGGAUCAAUGAGAAGGGUAAAAAAGCAACUAAACGAGGGAGUGUGGUGAUUGGUGAAGGGGCAAGACCAGAGAUUUACACUGAGGAACAUGAGAAGCUUCUUGGGAAUACAGAACGAAGCUGGACUUGUUUUGUUGAUGGCUAUGAUAAGGAUGGCAAACGGAUUUAUGAUCCGUUUAAGGGUAAGACUUGUCACCAGUGCAGGCAGAAAACGAUGGGACAUCGUACACAGUGCAGUGAAUGCAACAUGGUUCAAGGACAAUUCUGUGGAGAUUGUUUGUUCAUGAGGUAUGGUGAACAUGUGCUGGAAGCUCUGGAGAAUGCAAACUGGACCUGCCCUGUUUGUCGCGGGAUUUGCAAUUGCAGUUUGUGUCGCAAUAACAAAGGAUGGGUUCCAACGGGCCCGAUCUACAGAAGGAUAGCUGCACUUGGGUAUAAGUCUGUAGCACAUUAUCUGAUUCAAACCAAACGGUCCCAAACUGAAACUGAUGACUCAACCCCAAAUCAAGCUUCUGCAAAGAGAUCACUUUCCUUUAAAGAAAAGAUUGCUGAUGAUGAAGAAGUACCAAAGCUUCAGAUUGAUGAUGAUUCCUUGCAGAAAGAGGAAGAUGAAAACACUAAUGAAAAUCAGAACUGUGAUCUCCUUGAAGAAGUACAAAAGCUUCCGAAGAUCGAAGAUCAGAAUGGUGAUUCCUUGAAGAAAGAGGAGGAUGAGAAUCCAAAUUCAGCUAGAAGGUCACUGAGCUUCAAGCCUUCUGUGGAUAAUCAGACUCCGUGGGUUGAUGUUCAGGUCUUAAGUUGUCUUGAGCCACCAAAGCAAGAUCAUUCAUGUGCCCACACUGGUGUUGAUCUUUCAGAAGAUCAGGAAACGAUAGGACAAAACUCGAGUUUGGAGACGAGACCAGUUAGCUACUUGCUUCCUGUGGAUGAUGAUAAGACUCAAUGGGUUGAUGUUCAGGUCUUAAGUUGUCGUGAGCCACUAAAGCAGGAUAAACAAGAACAUUCAUGUGCCCACACUGGUGAUGAUCUUUCAGAAGUUCGGGAAAAGAUAGGACAAAACUCGAAUAUGGAGACGAGACCAGUUAGCUACUUGCUUCCUGUGGAUGAUCAGACUCCAUGGGUUGAUGUUCAGGUCCUGAGUUAUCUUGAGACGCCAAAGCAGGGUAAAGAAGAACAUUCAUGUGCCCGCAUUGGUGAUGCUCUUCCAGAAGUUCAAGAGAGGACAGGACAAGACCCGAAUUUGGAGACAAGAGCUAAGGAAAGUCAGACUCAUGUGGUCAAAGCUCAUAACCAGGUCGUAAGCGAUGAGACAGAGACUGGGGUUAACUCAGGGAGGACUCGAGUAACGAGAAGUAAGAGGAAGGCGGCUCUUGAACCUAAUCAAAAUAGCAUUGGUGGAAGACUAAGGCAGCGCCGAAAGAUCCAAAGUGAGGUUUAGAAUAAGUUCCAGAAGAAACCUUAACAUCUUUUGUUAAGCUACAUGAUGACUCUUUCUGUUUUGUAUUUUUGGUAUUUUUUUUUGCUUGCAAACAUCUUUUGUUUAAACUCUAUCUAAGGAUAUGAUUAGGAAA